AUGGCUCGGACGUCGGCGAUCAGUGACGAGGUCUGGGCGAACGCGAUCCGCGCCGUCAUGGUCGACAAGAUGAGCCUGCGCACGGCAGCGCAGAAGUUUGGCGUCCACCACAUGUCGCUCCACCGGCGGAUAAAGGACCUGCGCGGCGACGCCAAGCCCGAGAAGGCCAAGCCCGCGCCGCCAGCGACCGCGUACCUGCCGCAGGGCGGGAGCAUGCUCAACAUGAUGAACAUGGCCUACCACCCGAACAUGGCCGCGUCGGCCGACCCGCGAAGCCUCAUGAAGCCACCGUCGUACGGCGCGCCGCCGCCCAUGCGUCCAGUGGGCCACUUGCCACCCGGUGGCGGCGGACCGCCCAUGAUGCUCGGCCCGAUGCCCGGCUACCAGGACAUGCCGCUGCCUAAUAUGAAGGCGUCGCCGAAGCGCAACAGUCCCGUGCAUCAAGCGGCCAACUGGUCCAAAGCGCUCCAGGCCGUCGAGACAGGCCACAUCAACGUCAUGCAAGCGGCAAGCGCCUUUACGCUCGACCCGUCCUCGCUGCACGAGCACAUCAAGAAGCGGUCCGAAGACAUGGCGGGCAUGAACCCAGCGGACUAUCUGAAUCUGCUUGACGAGUUUGGCGUUGUCAAGGUGCUGGUCGCGCGCGCCGAGCUCGGUGUGCUUAUGUCGUUUGAAGAGCUCGCCGAGCUCCUCCAGCGCACGAUGUUCAAGACGGGCCACGCGUGCCACGGCGACGCUCUGCAGAAGCUACUGUUUACGUUUGAAGUACGCAACGAGCACAUCAUGCGCACAACGAUCGCCAACUAUAACAUGCGAUCGCCGCGCCAGCGCAUGCCACCGAUGCGGCCACAGGACAUGCUGCACCUCUCGCAGCAACCGCCCCAGCAGCCGCACCAGCAGCCGCACCAGCAACCGCACCAGCAACCGCACCAAGGCCAGCAACACCAAGGUCAGCAGCCGCCGGCACACCACCACCAGCAGGCCUCGCCGUACGCGACGCACCACCAGGCACACCACCAGCUGCAUUCGUUGCACCAACCACAGCAGCACCAACAGCAGCAGCACCAGCAGCAGCAGCAGCAACAACAACAACAACAACACGUACAACAUGGCCAACUGCACGCAAUGGGACGGUCGCCGCCGCAGCACUCGAUGUUGUCGCCGUACCAGAUGCAGCAGCGGUCGGACCCGCAGGAUGGCGACGCGUUCUUGCGCCCGGACGCCCGAAGCAGCGGCUAUGCGCUGCCCGAGGCGCGGCAGCAAGACGUCAAGGCGGCCCACUACCUGGCACCGACCGCCGCUGAUCUCAAGCGAGAGGACUCGCGCCAUUAUAUGGCGCCGACCGCCAACCUCCUGAUCGCCUCCAACAAGAUCAACGUGCGCAGCCCGCCGGUCGAGCAGCAGGAGCCCGCGCCGUCGGAGGAGCAGCCAGGCAAGAAGCGCAAGAUUGACGCGUCGGGCGGCGAGUCGCCAGGGACGACGAGCUCGAUCGAGGAAAACUCGAACGAGAGCAGCAACCGCGCGCCAAAAACGCUCGAUGUCGUCGAGAUCUAA